AUGCAGUUAUUACCGAUACUAAUAUGUGUGGGACUAGCUUCGAUAACCCACGCGAAAUUAUAUACUAGAUUCCCAAAACCGAAAGUAAAUUACUUACAGUUACAAAAUUCACAAAAUUAUGAGUUCAAGCCCCUACUGCCUGAGGAAAGGCGAAAACUACCAUUGUUUUCAAGGAAUCCUGUGAAGUUUGUAAUAUCACUGGAACCAACGAACAAAAUUUCAAAGCCAUACUUAGAAAGGAAAAAACCUUUGAUGAAAAAACUAAAUUUUCAAGAUAAAAAAGAAAUAUAUGCUGAUAAUGAAAAAAAUCAAUCAAAAGCCAAAAAACUUCUGAAUGAAAUCGAUGUAAUACAAACUCCAGUAGUAGAAGUUGACGUAAUCAAAGAAGUCAGCGUCGAAAUUAUAGAAGAUGAGCCGCCAGAAGACAGCGAAUUUCAAAAUGAUGACAGUGAAAAGCAAGACCAAUUUAGUGAUAUAAUUGAACCACAAGUUUCAAUAGACAAUAGCGAUAAAGAAAUUGUUGAGUUAGACGAAACUAUAUUGCCUCCAAAAACUGAACUUAAAACUAGUGUAGAAAAUGUAAAUGGUGAAGAAUCACCUGAUGUAGAAGAGACGCAUAUAAAUUUAAGUGACAACGAAAUAAAUGUAGCUAUUGAAAAGGUAAAUGUUAAUGACGAAGAAGAAAUCGAUUCCCAAAACUAUGCCAGUGAAGAAAAAAAUAAGCUAAGUGAUAGAUACCCAAAAGACGAUAGUGAUAAAAGAAAUAUUGUGAGGUUAGCGGAUAUUUUAUUGCCACCAAAAGCUGAAAUUAAAGCCAGUGUAGAAGACGAAAGUGGCGAACUAUUGCCAGAUGACGAAAGACCAAAAGAAAGUCAAUUCCAAAGUGAUGCCAGUGGAAAGCAAGAUGAACUAAGUGUAACAAUUGGAUCCGAAGUACCCAUAGACAUUAAUGAUACAGAAAAUUUUGUUCAAUUGGCAGAUAUUAUAUUACCACCAAAACCUGAAGUUGAAAGUAGUGCAGAUUAUAAUCGUGGUGAAAUUUUACCAGAUGUAAAAGAAACAAAAGAAGGCCCGUUUCAAACCGAUGCUAGUAAGAAGGAAGAUGAAUUAAUCGAUGUAAUGGAAUCUGAAGGCAAAACAGAUAAAAGUGAUGAAGAAAAUAUUGUCCAGUUGACAGAUAUCAUAUUGCCACCAAAAAGUGAACCUAAAGCUAGCAUAGAAAACAAAAAUAAAAAAGUUUUACUAGAUGUAACUGAAAUAAAUAAAAGCACGAUUGAGAACGAAGCAAAUGACGAAACCAAUAAAGCAAUUGAAGAGGAAAAUGUUAGCAAUGGAGAACCAGGGGACUUUGUUAUAACAGACAUUUAUGAGGAACCAGUGAUCUAUAGGAAAAAAAGGUAA